GAGAUCAGAGUUAUCUCCCUUGAAUUCAAGCGCAUUCACUCGUCAUCUUAUCUCGGUAACAGCAAGAAGCACCUUGUCGUGUUAUUAUAAACUCAGUAAACCACCAACCAUGGCUGCUUUGUCGAACGAAGAAAUGCUAGCUGCUCUUCACCAGCCCGAUCCAGCUACCAAAGACUUUUUCUAUCAACAAACUAUGUACCGAGUCAAAGACCCAAAGGCAUCGCUGACAUUCUACUCUAAAGUCUUGGGAAUGAGACUCCUUCAUCGGUUUGACUUUCCACCAUUAAAGUUCAGCUUAUAUUUCAUGGGUUACGCCAAUGAAAAUGAGAUUCCAAAGGACGAAGCUGAGCGGUUUAAAUGGUGCAUGACCAGCAAGACAGCCAUUGAGUUGACCCACAACUGGGGUUCUGAGACUGACGACAGUGUUCAGUACCAUAAUGGCAACAGUAGCCCACAGGGAUUUGGACAUAUUGGUGUUUGUGUCCCCGAUGUUGACGCUGCCUGUAAAAGGUUUGAAGAGUUAAAUGUGCCCUUUAAACUCAAGCUGAAUGCUGGAAAAAUCAAAGGGAUUGCUUUCAUCAUGGAUCCGGAUGGUUACUGGAUUGAAAUAUUUUCUGGUACAAGUGUUACAGCUAAUAUUAACAAAGAGACCUAAAACAUUUUACUAAUAUGCCAAAAAUUAAAGUCUUCCAUCAAUAAUCUUGAUAUAAUAUAUAUUCCUAUUUAGCAACUGCCCCCUUUUUGUUCAUAUUUGACUAAGUUGAUUCCUUAAUUCAACACCUUGUCAAAAUCUGCAAAAAUUUUAAUUGCUUUGCGUUCUUUCAAUUUUCUCCAGCAGAGAGGAAAUCUUAGCAGAGAAUUCUGUGAAUAAAUAAAAUGACCCCCUUUAUUAUCAUUAUAAAUUUGAUGAAGCCAGUUGAUUGGCAAAAUUGUUUGUGCAUUGGUAAAAUUACCCUUGCAAUGUUUGUUCUGGGCCUUUACUAAAGUUCACCACCAAAUUUCCAACAUUGUGACUAAGAAAUUAUUAUUACAAGUUUGAUACAAUAAACUAUGAGUAACAAUUACCAAUGUAAUUGACAUCCAAAUGUGUUGAUACAAACACCUUUUUAAGAUCUUUUUUAAUUACCCAGAAGAAUGGUCUGGACUUUUUCUUUGUACCCAUGUCCUUCAAAGAUUUAUUUUGAUUGAAAUAAAAGUAAAAUAAAAAAAAAUUAUUGAUUAAUA